GUGUUUCGGAUCCUGGGAGGAAGUGAAUGAUUCGCGUUUGCACUUGACGAGGAGAAAUCAUAUUGUUGGGGAAAUUAAGCGUGUAUUCGCCGAGUUUUAGCGGUUAAAUGAGAUUAAACCGGUGGACGUACGUCUUCUGUCACGGUAUGGUUUAAAGGGACACUCGUUUUUGGACUCAGAACUUCAUAGCUUUGGAUCAACUUACGUUCACAGGAGGUUGGAGGAGGACACACUUUGCUAUUGUUCCAGCACACACGAGUGUGUGUAUGCGUUUUUGUGUAUGUGUGUAUUAAACUGCCCUUUGGCUUUAUGGCUACGAAUUUUGAACCUAUUUAUGGACUCUCAGAGGAUGAAAAUGAAUCUCGUAUUCUUCGUGUCAAGGUCAUUGCUGGCAUUGAUCUGGCGAAGAAGGACAUCAUUGGUGCCAGUGAUCCAUACGUCAAACUCUCCCUUUAUGUCACUGAUGAAAACCGUGAGCUUGCCUUAGUACAAACGAAAACCAUCAAAAAGACUCUCAAUCCUAAAUGGAAUGAAGAAUUCUAUUUCAGAGUCUGCCCACAGAACCACAGACUUCUUUUUGAGGUGUUUGAUGAAAACCGCCUGCUCCAGGGUCAAACUGAAACACGGACAACCAAGAGCACCUCUGUCCAGAUUUCUCUCCAACGCACAACUGCACCUCAAGAAGACGCAUUGCCCUUUGAUCCACCUCCAGAUUACCCUCGGGAUCCAGCUCCCCCAUACACUGAGCCCGGUGAAAGCUGGGCCUUACCUCCACCUCCAGCUUACUACAGAGGAGAAACCCAAUCUUGCCAAAAUGUGGAACAAUCUCAACCAGGUACUGAGCCCAUUCAGCCUAAGAGGCAAGUCUUUUACGUCCGACCAUGUGAUGGACAAAAUGGUAAUGCUAGUGUACCCAGUAAUCAAGGGAUUACCAUUGGAGGUUUUUGUAUUCAAAGAAGAUCCGCAGAUGGCUCGGAUGUCCAGCGGUUCAGGAUCGUGCCCUACAGUGAGAAUGACCAGAAUGGCCACCGUUGGGCUGCUCAGCAAAGCUCAGACAGAGGUCCUGGAACACAAAGACUUGUAUUCCAGCUUCAAAAGGACCAAGGACGGCACCCUAGCCCUAUUUAUCAGGCUGAUGAUUUGGGCAUCAUGGGUAUUAAAGGCAGCCCCUUGGUGCGGUACCCUCGGAUCCAACUUGAGAGGAGCACCUCACAGACAAUGCAGCCCAGAGGAGCUCCUUCACGGCUUGGAUCUAUGCCAAAUCUUCAUUCCCCGAUCUCAGAAAUGGAGACCGAGAGUGAGAUUCUUGAGAGCAGUACUCAAGUUUGCACAUUCAAAAUUAGGAAGGAACAGAACUCCCGACAGUCAAAGUUUAAGAUCUGUUUCAGCCAUGGAGGUGAGCACAGCCCCAUCCUUGCACGGGAUAUUAGCUUUGGAAAGGUGCCUACCUGCAGCAAUCAACAGACCAGAGAUGACUUCCUCGGGCAGGUUGACGUGCCUCUUACCCAUUUACCGACGGAGGACCCUGCAAUGGAGCGGCCAUACACGUUUAAAGACUUUCUCCUGCGUCCAAGAAGUCCUAAGUCUCGGGUGAAAGGCUACCUGAGGCUGAAGAUGGCCUACCUGCCAAAGAAUGGAGGACAUGAAGAGGAAAGUAGCGAGAUGAGGGAAGAAACUGAGGGUUGGGAAGUCACAGACUCCACUGAUCCAGGUUCACCAAGACCUCAGCAGCUCCUGCCUCCGCUGCCUCAGGGCUGGGAAGAGAAGGUUGAUAACCUGGGACGGACAUACUAUGUCAACCACAACAACCGCACCACACAGUGGAAGAGGCCCAGUAGUGUAGAUGUGGUUUCAGAAACGGAAAAUGAUAAUAACUUACGGCAUAUUAACCAAGAAGCCCGCAGAGUUUUCCGCUCUCGACGGCACAUUAGCGAAGAUCUGGAAAAUGAGCAUCUGGACAUCAGGGACAUAGACGAUUCAUGGGAACCCAUAUCAGAGGAGGACCCAACUUUAAUUGCAGACGAUCUAAGCCAUUCUCCGUCCGGACCCUCCUCUUUGGCGAUGCCCCUCUCCAGCACUCCAGAAUUUUCAGAUGAAAUCAGCCUUAGAUUGUCUCUCACUCCAGACAUGAACGGAGAAAUCCCAGGACCCAGCUCUGCUGUGCAGAGUCCUCUUUCCUCUCGUCUACGCUCCUCUAGUAUGACUGAUGGAGUCAGUGAUCAAGCUCAAGCUCCCACACCAACGGGCGAUUGCCUGCCCCAUCUAAAAGCAGCUGUUAUUGCCCAGCAGAGCUCCCAGACCCGACGAACAAGAGCACAAACGGUCACAGGCGUUGAGGACACCAUGUCUCCAUCGGCCUCCUACGCCUUGACCACACCAGGCCUUCCGCCAGGCUGGGAGGAACGCAGAGACCCCAAGGGACGAACAUACUACGUCAACCACAACAACCGUAGCACCACCUGGACGCGGCCCAUUCUACAGCAGCACCCUGAAGAUGGAGCCAGUACCUCAGCUGCGGCAGCAGGAGGCGCUACAGCUGCCACACCCCCCGCUUCCACCCCUCCCUCCUCCAGCGGCCAUCUAAACGAACCACAAGUGCGCAGAGCCCGUAGCCUCAGUUCCCCCACCGUCACUCUCUCUUCCUCACUAGAGGGAGCCAAUAACGGCCAGAUACGGCGAGCCGUAAAGGACACGUUAUCCAACCCUCAGUCCCCGCAGCCGUCUCCCUACAGCUCACCCAAAUCCCAACAUAAAGUAAACCAGAGCUUCCUGCCCCCUGGAUGGGAAAUGAGACUUGCACCGAAUGGACGGCCGUUCUUCAUCGACCACAACAGCAGAACCACCACAUGGGAAGAUCCUCGCUUAAAGUAUCCUGUUCACAUGAGAACAAAAGCAUCCCUGGACCCUGGCGACCUCGGCCCACUUCCUCCUGGGUGGGAGGAACGAGUGCACGCAGACGGAAGAACCUUUUACAUCGACCAUAACACCAAAAAAACGCAGUGGGAAGACCCUCGCCUCCAGAGUCCUGCCAUAACUGGACCUGCGGUGCCAUAUUCCAGAGAAUUCAAGCAGAAGUAUGACUACUUCAGAAAGAAGUUAAAGAAGCCGGCAGAUAUUCCGAACCGUUUUGAGAUGAAGCUGCACAGGAAUAACAUCUUGGAGGAGUCGUACAGACGCAUCAUGUCCCUGAAGAAACCCGACAAUCUGAAGGCCCGUCUCUGGAUCGAGUUUGAAUCGGAGAAAGGCCUGGACUAUGGGGGCGUGGCCAGAGAAUGGUUCUUCCUGCUCUCCAAGGAGAUGUUUAACCCUUAUUAUGGGCUGUUUGAGUACUCGGCCACAGAUAACUACACACUUCAGAUCAAUUCAAACUCUGGCCUCUGUAAUGAGGAUCACCUCUCAUACUUCAAGUUCAUCGGUCGGGUGGCUGGCAUGGCUGUUUAUCACGGAAAGCUGUUAGACGGUUUCUUCAUCAGACCGUUCUAUAAAAUGAUGCUGGGCAAACAGAUCACACUGAAUGAUAUGGAGUCAGUGGACAGUGAAUACUACAACUCUCUCAAGUGGAUUCUGGAAAACGACCCCACAGAACUGGACUUGCGGUUCGCAAUUGAUGAGGACAACUUUGGACAGACAUAUCAGGUGGAUUUAAAGCCGAGCGGAUCAGAGAUGGUUAUAACCAAUGACAACAAAAAAGAAUACAUAGACCUGGUGAUUCAGUGGCGGUUUGUGAACCGGGUCCAGAAACAGAUGAACGCCUUUUUGGAGGGCUUCACCGAACUUAUUACUAUCGACUUGAUAAAGAUUUUUGAUGAGAACGAACUGGAGCUGCUGAUGUGUGGUCUGGGUGACGUGGAUGUCAAUGACUGGAGGCAGCACACCGUCUAUAAGAAUGGCUUCUGUCCUAAUCACCCUGUAAUCCAGUGGUUCUGGAAGGCCGUGUUGUUAAUGGAUGCAGAAAAGCGGAUCCGACUUUUGCAGUUUGUCACUGGAACAUCCAGAGUGCCAAUGAACGGCUUUGCUGAACUCUACGGCUCCAAUGGGCCGCAGUUGUUUACUAUCGAGCAGUGGGGGACACCUGACAAACUCCCUCGUGCUCACACAUGCUUUAAUCGUCUGGACCUCCCGACGUACGAGACGUUUGAAGACCUGCGAGAGAAGCUUCUGAUGGCGGUGGAAAACGCUCAAGGCUUCGAGGGGGUCGACUAAAGAAAUCCCUUUACAUCCACACGAUCUCCUAAUGCAAUCGACGAGCAAAGACAUGUACAACACUCACACACUCACGUCUAUAUCUACAUAUACACACUCUCGAGUUGCCAUUGUACAGCCGGAUCCCAGUGGUUGCAGGUGUGUGACGUCAGCACAGUAUAUGCAUGUGAUCUGUCUAGCUGAAACAGCAUUGGCAGUGAACCCGUUUGAAUGCCAAACAACCCUGCAGUAUGCCACAAAUCAUGCUCUCUCCUAACACGUUUCAUUUUAAAAUCCAACUCUGAGGCCGUGGUAACUUUUAUACUGAUGGGAAAUAAGGAAUGUCAGUAUUGGGGUGUGGCUUCAGAGUGGGCGUGGCCUUGACACAGCAUUAAAAAAAAUCCCAUUUCUGUGUUAAUUUCACAAACAUAAUAUAAGUUCAGUGGAGAGGCAACGAUUAACUCUCUUAUCAGGUCUUACUUACACCAGAUAACCUUAGGAAUCACAGCCAGGAUGAAGGGUGUAUCCUCUUCCUCCCUUAUCCCGCAAAGUAUGCCAAGUUCCCCCUUCCUUACUUCCUUCAUCGAGGAUUAUUUUUUUAUCUAGAAACAGGAAUUGUUUUUAAUAGUUUAUUAUUAUCGCUGUUAUUCUGAUAAUGUUAUCAUUCUUACAGAGGAAACAGAUAUUUGUACCAACAAUGUGGUUUACUGUUUUAAACAAUGUUAUCGGAAAUGCAUCAGUGGCCUGUCUUUAUUCAAUUUAACAUCCAUAUCAUUGUGGGUAAAAAACAAAAAAGACAAUAAAAAAAAAAUUAUUAACACGAUUAUUGUAUUGCUAUGAAAACUGGCAUGAACAUGUAUAUUUUGUUUAGAUAUGAUUACGUAGUAAUUGUAAAUCUAUUCUCCUUCUUGGUUGAGAGCAAAGAUUGAAAAGUCAACAUGCAUCGGACAUGUAGAUGAGUUAGUCUGAGAGGGUUUUCUUCAAUUGUAAUAAGUAUCGUUUUUAUCUGUAUUAUGAUUAUACCUGUUCAUAAUGCUGUAAAUGAGUUUGUUUGGGGAAAGACGUGAUUGGACUUUUACUGUACAUGUUAAAUCUGUUUGAAGUAUUAAAGAGCGACAGAGUGAAGCUGUCUUAAAAGCGCUGUGAUUCAACACUGAAAAAGUCUUGUAGACUUUCAGGAUGAAAACUUUCUUUCUUUCGGUCUUAAUUUCUUUGUCUUGUUUCUUCUAACACCACUGUACCUAAAAGGCCACUUCAUUGAUCACCCUAGGGUCAUGUCACCUGUUUGUUUGUUUUAGUUUUUUUGUGAACUUGAAUCUGAUUAUCUGUUAUGUUCUUUUAAAAGCGCUCAGUUCCUUGGUGCAAUAUCGCCCGUUUAUAAUCAGCUUGCUGCUAACAUAUCAGAUCACAGCUCGGCCCUACAGCUGAUCUGGAGUCAGUCUGGUUCUUCAGUGUGAAUCUGGAUCAGCUCUGUAGGAACGAGCUCCGCCUGGACUAAGACUUCAAACUGGUUCUUUUUCUGUUCUUUUUUCCAGUCUUUUAGAAAAGAGAACACUCAUACUUUUCGGCCGGCGUGGCUCACUAGGUUUGUGAUAAUAUUAUGAUUAUUGUUAUAAAUGACCCUUCCUAUUUUGUGGGGACAGUUCUUUUUUUAUUGAUGAGGAACAUUUACUGUCUGGUUCCUGUUCACCACAAGACCUUGCGAUUCGUAUAACUUCAUUCAAAAUAAACUCAUAAAUGGAA